GAGGGAAGCUCUCAGCCGCGCGAGAAGAAGCGCCGGCUCCGAAGAGUGGUCACCUCAGACGAUGAGGCUGAGCCCCAGGAGCCUUCCAAGCCAGCGGAGGCUCCAGAGCCAGUCCCCAGAGAAGGCGCAGCACCUGCUUCAGCCGCGCCGCCGACGGGCGAGGCUUUGGAGGGACCUCUUGAGGGCGAAGAUCUCUCGGAGAUCAUUGAGAAGGCCAAGAAGAAGCUUGAGACAUCUCCUGCGCCACAAGAGGUCUCAAGGCUCUUGACGCACCUGGAGUCCCAGUCGAUGAACGCCCAGCUCUUGGUGACUACGAAGAUCGGCUUGGCGGUGUCACACUGCAGUCGGGGUGACCGCGGGGUGCGGGGAGAAACGGGGGGCCGGUCGCCAGGAAGAGCUAUGCCAAGUAUCCCAACGUGGUCCAGCAGGCUGUAGGGCUUGUGAACCGUUGGAAAGAGCUUUGGAUGCAAGAGAAGGCAGCGAACAGCGCCUGAGACUGGGCAAGGCAUUAACAAUGAAUCAAAUAGAAAGAACGGAAAUGAAAAGAAUGGAGAUGAAUGGAACUCUCCUCGCAGGUUGGCCCAAGGAUCCUUCAACCUGGAUGUAUAUGGUUCUUUUUUCUUUCGCGUCCACCGACAAAAUUCCUGAGAGAACUGAGCGCCGCCCAGUCUCAGACUUGCCGACUUCGUCGGGGCACCACCCGAGCCGAUGGCCCAGGCUGCGACCAUUGACCCGAGAAAAACUCGUGGGAAGGUCGACCAAUUCCCGUGGGGCGAAAAAAGGACGUUGAGAAGUUAA